UUACUCGACGAAUCUGACAUUACCAGUUUUGCUUGUCGCCUUUACAUUUAUUUAUGCCGAACACCACCAACCAGUUAAUAAAUGAAUUGUGAAAAUUGAAUUAUUUUUCCUUCGAAACUUUGAUGAUUAAACACAAGUUGGGUAGAACGCAAUGUAUUCCUUCUUUCUAGGGCAACUUGCAUCAUUGUUCAGCAGGUGAUUCAUUAGAGGAAAUAUACCUUUGCCUCUGAAGAGUGGAUUAAACGGCGCCAUAUCCUGUACAGUCGGAACCGUAACAUAAGCACAAAAAUGAGCAGACUAUCGGCCGUGUUUUGGCGAUUCUUCCAUUGGGGACCGCUCACAGCAAUCAGUAUUAUAAAAUCGAUCACACUAAUGACACUUUACAUGAAUGCCAUGUGGUGGCCCCCGAAUGUAUCGCUCGGGGGCUUUAUAAAUCAAACCAUUUUCGUCGUUUUAUCUGCUAGUACCGGGUUCAACUUCGUGCUGGCUUCCUUGACCGGUCCCGGUUUUUUGCCGAUUCGCUGGCACCCAAAGGAUUCGAAAAAUGAAGCACUCCUUCAGUAUUGCUCUGCCUGCGAUGGGUUCAAGGCGCCCCGAUCGCAUCACUGUCGCAAGUGCAACAGAUGUGUGAUCAAAAUGGACCACCACUGUCCAUGGAUCAAUCACUGCGUAGGCUGGGCGAACCAAGCUUAUUUUACCGCAUUCCUGGGAUUGGCCGUUGCCGGAUGCAUUCAUGCUACGUUUAUUCUGGUCUGUUCCCUGUACGCUGGUCUUCAUCGUGAUUGGUACUUGUACUACGGACAAUAUUCCAAAGCCACGGUUCAUUUGGGAAUGUGGAGUUUGGUUCUGUCGGUCCUGAACGUUGGCCUUGCCGUCGGAGUGAUUAUCGCUGUCGGGAUGCUGUUCUUCUUUCAGUUGCGCGCGAUUCUUAACAAUCGCACCGGUAUUGAAGAUUGGAUCCUGGAGAAGGCUCGACAUCGCCGAAAAGUUGCUGAAGAGGAACCCUUCCAGUAUCCUUACGAUCUGGGCAAAUGGCGAAACUUCCUGCAGGUGGCUAACUGGACAUGUGCACCAGUAGGAAAUGGCAUCGAAUGGGCAGUUGCCGAGGGAUGUGACCAGUUCACAUUAACGCGUGAACAGUUGGAGCAAAAAAUGGAAAAAAGAGCACGUACUCGUACGUACACUAUCAAUCGAGCAAUCUCCGGAAGUUGGAUCCCGCUUUGGUCUCAAGGUUUCCGAGUUUGUUUGAGCCCACCUUUAACGGACGAAGCACGCAUUAAACUUGACGUUGGGGACAUUGUUCUUGUCACGAGAUGGCGCAAGCACUGGCUGUUUGGCGAAAAAGUUCAAGAACCGAUCGACCUGGCUCAAUCGAACGGAAACAAUAAAAAAGACAAAAAGAAGAAGAAAUUGUCCGGUGAGCCAACGGAGGAGGGAACUAAACCUAUGCCCAGAAUACGUGGCUGGUUCCCUCGGCAGUGCGCCGUCGAGCUAGUGGAAGAUGAUGACGAAGAAGAGCAGCAAAACCACUUUAACGAGAAAAAAAAGAGUAAAUAGUCCUAGAAAAAAAAACUUUCUGCUAGGUGCUUUCAAUUGCCAAACGGAGUGGCAUCUGCCUUAAGGCCGCCGUUUUACAACCGAUACUUGUACACAGAACAAGAGCACACUUCCGCAAAGGCGCUUCUGCAAUUUUUAGAUUCGUUGUUUGCUGCGACUAACCUAGAUGUGACACGAGGAAAGACAUUUUUUAAUCUGUUAAUAAACUUAACUCUCCCAUCUUUGUAAGUAACAAAGGUAAUACCAAA